ACCCGCGUCCAGUGUUUAGUCGAGAAUGGCGGGGGGUCCUCACGAGCGUUGGGGAAAUCAGAUUGAGUAUCUGCUCUCGUGUCUCGGCUAUGCAGUCGGCAUUGGAAACAUAUGGAGGUUCCCCUAUUUGUGCUACCGGAAUGGCGGGGGUGCGUUUUUGAUCCCUUACCUCUUGACACUGUUCAUUUGUGCAAUACCACUAGUCUUUCUGGAAACAACAUUGGGACAAUUUGCUAGUUCAGGAUGCAUAUCUGUAUUCAACAUCAAUCCACUAUUCAAAGGGGCCGGGUACGCGGUGAUAAUUUUAAACGUUAUAGCGGUAACAUACUUUGCCGUCAUUAUGUCAUACCCGAUUCUGUACAUAUAUCAUUCCUUCAGCUCACCACUGCCUUGGCAAGACUGUGGUAAUUCAUGGAACACUGACAAAUGCGCGGAGAUUACUAGCAGUUCAAGUUUAUUAUUCAAUGGCACGGCAACGACACCAGAAGAUGAAUUCUUUCAUAUUCGACUUCUGCAAAUGUCACCGAGCUUAUCCCAAAUCGGUGGAGUGGUGUGGCCGGUGUUUUGGUGUAAUGUCAUAUCCUGGAUAAUAGUUUACCUUUGCAUUUGCAAUGGUGUAAAAAGCGUAGGGAAGAUUGUAUACUUCACUGUUCUGUUUCCGUAUGUUGUAUUGUUUGCAUUACUAAUACGUGGAACUACGUUACCAGGCGCUUGGCAAGGAAUCCUGUAUUAUGUUUUACCCGAUUGGAGCCAAUUAACUAAACCAAAGGUAUGGGCAGAUGCAGCAACUCAAGUGUUCUUUUCAGUGGGUCCUGGGUGGGGAGGUUUGGUCAGCAUGGCUAGUUUUAACAAUUUCCAUUAUAAAUAUUUACGAUCGUCCAUAAUAAUACCGGUCAUAAACUGUGGUACGAGUAUUCUGGCGGGUUUUGUAGUAUUCUCCGUGUUGGGUUUCGCGGCGGAGCGGGCGGGGGUGCCAAUAAGCGAUGUCGCCUCCGCCGGUCCCGGCUUGGCGUUUGUCACAUACCCCGCCGCGGUGUCGAUGAUGCCCGUGCCAAACUUUUGGGCUAUCAUAUUCUUUGUUAUGCUGUUCUUUCUGGGUAUUGAUACGAUGUUCGUUACUAUAGAGGCAGUAAUAGCUGGCAUAAUAGACGAAUUUCCUCAACUUCGAAUCAGGAAAAAAAUUAUAACAUUCUUAACAUGUUUAUCUCUAUUUUGUUUGUCCAUCUUAUGCACUACUGAGGGUGGCUUGCACAUCAUUAAUCUUCUGGACGCCCAUGUUGCCAUAGCCAGCGUACCUCUGGUAUGUGGCUUGGAACUUAUAGCUGCGGUCUACACGUAUGGGCCUAGGAACCUAACUGAUGAUAUACUCUUCAUGACUGGAGAGCCGUUGCAUAGAGUCUGGAUGAUAUUGUGGAGAUAUGUGGUGCCGGUUUUAUUAUUGAUCAUAACAUUUUACUCUUUGCGAGAGGCAUCUGGUCUCGGUUGGUGUGUCGCAUUAGCGUCAGUCAUUUUUAUUCCCGUACAUGCGAUGAUACUUAUAUUAAAUACAAAGGGACCUUUCCUACAGCGAAUACGAGUAAAUUGCCGGCCAAACAAUUUGUGGGGUCCAAUAGACCCUCAGAUAAGACUGCGUUGGGAAGCUUCGAGAAAGAAAACAUCCAUUGCUUUAGAAACAUCGUCUGAUAAAAAUACAUAUUGUGUUAAUGAGUAAAUUUUUGUAAGGAUA